GAUUGGCUUCCUAAAGAGGCAGUGUCCUAUAAAUUGCAGUCUGCAGUGUGCUUCUGCCCUAUUGCCGGCUGAGGGACAGCGUGCUUGAAGAAGGAAGAUGCCGAUCGUUAGAAACGUGAGCAGAGCUGUCAGCCAGCUGCUCCAAAGCUCUGCUUGUGGAUGUGGAGUUUCCAUCGUGCCUGUUCGAUGCAUUGGCAUCUCACCCCGCCAGGUGGCCUCUGAUGCCAGCUUUCACUCGGUUUCUUUUUCCGAGUCUGAUCAUCCUCGGGUGCUAAUUACAGGUGGGCUCGGCCAGCUUGGUGUGGGACUUGCUAAACUCCUCAGGAAACGAUUUGGAAAGAACAAUGUGAUCUUGUCUGACAUCCGAAAGCCAGCAGAUCAUGUUUUCUAUAGUGGGCCUUUCAUCUACUCAGACAUCUUGGACUACAAGAAUCUACGUGAGAUAGUGGUGAAUAACCGCAUAACGUGGCUCUUCCACUACAGCGCUUUGCUCAGUGCUGUUGGAGAGGCAAACGUCCCCUUGGCCAGAGCUGUAAAUAUUACUGGUUUACACAAUGUUCUGGAUAUUGCAGCCGAGCAUAAUCUGCGACUCUUUGUUCCAAGCACGAUUGGAGCCUUUGGGCCCACCUCUCCUCGAGAUCCAACUCCUGAUCUCUGCAUUCAGAGACCAAGGACCAUCUAUGGUGUCUCCAAGGUUCAUGCUGAACUGAUGGGAGAGUACUACCAUUACCGAUAUGGCCUCGACUUUCGCUGCCUGAGGUACCCAGGAAUCAUAUCUGCCGACUCUCAGCCUGGUGGGGGAACAACUGAUUAUGCUGUCCAGAUUUUCCACGAUGCCAUUAAGACUGGCAAAUUUGAGUGCAACUUAAAGCCGGACACCCGCCUCCCUAUGAUGUACAUUGAUGACUGUCUGAAAGCAACUCUAGAGGUGAUGGAGGCCCCUGCAGAGGCACUGAGCAUGAGGACGUACAACAUCAGUGCCAUGAGUUUCACUCCUGAAGAGCUGGCUCAAGAGGUGCAGAAGCACGUUCCUGAGCUUCAGGUGACCUACAAUGUGGAUGCGGUCAGGCAGGCCAUAGCUGACAGCUGGCCAAUGAACUUUGAUGACAGCAAUGCCCGGAGAGACUGGGGAUGGAAACAUGAUUAUGACCUCCCUGAGUUGGUGUCUACGAUGUUUAGCUUCCUUGGGUCUGAUUCCAGGAUUGCUCAAGCUAACUGAAAUAUUUUAUCAGAUGUUUCCAGAUUUCCACAGAGGACCAGGAAGAAAUGGCUAAAUGAGCUGUAUAGUUUUGAGUCUUAAAGCAUGUCAAUUAUUAGCUUUCCCAAAUAGCAAUGGAGUUGGGCAGAAGUAUAGUGUAGCUGGAAUGCUCUGUUUGAUCAACAACAUCAUCAGGUGCUGUCUCCAAGCACCCAUAGUACAGAAUUCUAGAACUUUCACAUUCAAGGAACUAGGAACAAAAAGCAUGAAUCUCCAGUCAUUCUUUCUGCCUCAUAUCCAGCAAACAACAAGGGGCAGUACUGAAAACCUGAUGUUUCAGGAAGAUCCCACUGUGUUAAAACUGUUUUUCAUUUCCCUGGUGGAGGUUAUCAGAUCGUAGUAAUCUAUGAUCCUUUCCUCUCUGCUUACAGAAGAGAGAAAUGAGCUACUUCACGUUUCCAAAUUGCAGGCAGGGUUUUUGCAACUCUAGUUUGAAGUCAAAUUUUGGUUAGUGUUUCAUAUUUAUAUAUAUUACUGUAUAAACAUACCGUGUGUAGGGCAUACAAAGUAACUUCUUUCUUAUAAUGCCUAUGAAUGUGAAGAGGAAUAUAACUUGAAUUCUCUUUGUGCUUUAAAAAUGACAGGGUUUACAAGCUGAGCUUUUCCUGCUAUUUCAAGAUGCUGCUGCCAUCAGUUUAACAUCAGUAAAUCCAAAACACAGAAAGCUGUUACAUUUAUGAGAAUUCAGGGUUUAUCUCAAGAAGACAAUGCCCAGGAGUGGGGUUAUUGUUAAUUAGUGCUACUUCUGGUUAUCCCUGUUGUUUGCUAUGCUAGCAUUAUGACAUGCUGCCUGGAGCAAGUUCUAAAGUUGGGCUGAAUGAUGGAGAUUUAUUUACGUUAGAGUCAGGCCGGCCUUUGAAAUCUGUUCAUGUUGGCUGCUUCUGUAUGUGCUGCAGAUGUGUUUGUAGAUGCUAUUUAUGUGUAACUGUGGUACGCUUCUGUUCUUCAGAGAGGAUUCCAGAGGCUGAAACCAUCUCCUAGCUACAGUUAAGCCUAUUCUGCUCAUUGACUUUAAUGCGCAGGAGCUUCUGGGAUUAACAAGGGAAUCUUAGUAGAAGGAUGCAGAGAAGAUAUGUGUAUCCAAAAGCUACUCACGAGACUUUGAAAGUGAGAAAUGGCAGACUGGAGAGACAGGAAAGCCUUUUAAGGCAAAACAGCAGUCUUGAAUCUGAGCCACGGGCUGCUAUAGGAAUAUAAUAUGCCUUGAGAAGCAACAUCUGGAAACCUGGAUUGUGUUCUACUUUUUCCAAAGAAAAAAUAACUUCUGUUUUCAAAAUGACUGGAAAUCCCCUAGAUGAAGCUCUCCAUCUUUUUUUGUCUUGUAUACUCCAGCUGCCCUUGUAGGUAUUACAUUCAGUGUUUUCUGGUCUGUGUUGUUCACCAAGUUUUCUGUGGCAAGGCCUUGGUAACUGUGAGCCUGCUUCACUCGGUAACCCUGCAGUGUUUCUUCAGUUAGUGGCUAAUUGAUGUGACCUGGUUUCUGUCACUUUGUGAGGGAAUCUACAUGCUACAGGGAAAAUGGUUUUCUCAUGAAGUAACCUUCCAAAAUGAUACAGUGAAAACCAGAAAUCAUUUUAAACAUGUAUUAAACUUGUGUCUCUUGGUUUUGUAUGCAACUUUAUCUGUUGGCAAAGCGUGCGUUUCCCAAGCACUUAAGCUCAAAACCCCUCUAGGGUUGUGGCCUGUUCUUAAAACUUUCUUUAUGAUGUUUACAUUUCUGAAAAAGGCAAGUUUUUAAAUGUUCACCACUGUUGUAGCUCUCAUGUUGUUCCAGUGUGAUAUUUGGGCCAAUGGGCCAGCAAAGUUGGACUUGUUCAUACCAUCCAAGAAUAGUUUGACUCUGGUUUUGUCCUCUGCCCUGCCAAAACAGGAUUGUCUGCCAUUAAACUGUUACACCGAUCCUUCAGAUAAAGGGCUUAAAAGGAUUUAAGAAGUUUUGUCCAUUUGAGUCCUCCUUAAAUCAGUGCCAAGGGGCUCCUUGUCCUCCAUUCCAUGAAACCAGCCAAAGAGUUGUUGAUGGGUCUGAUUCCAUCUCUUUGAUUCAGAGAAAGUCACGGGGUCCCACUCCGUUUGCCCUUGUUCAGAGCUCUAGUUGAUGCUAAAAGGAGUGAAGAACGAAAAAUCCUCUUUCUUCUGAAGCAAGCUGUCCUUCACUGUGGCAUUGCACAAAAGCUUUAAGUUGUUAAAGUGCAGGUGGAAAAAAAUCAGGUGAAAAAUGCAGGUGAAAAUCAGACCUUUGGCAUUUUAAACAGUGUGUUGUUUACCGAAAGUUGCUGACUAAUUUAAGAGCAUUCUGUUUUUUAACCUGUGACCAACGAUGCCUGUUUUCUUUUUGCAUAUCUUCCCUGUAACUUCUGUUGUAACUUUGCUGCAGUACUUUCUGUACUAAACCAGUUUGAUGUGAUACAGAGUGCACAACUUUUUCUACCAGUGUGAAGGCUGACUCCUGGGCUUAGAUUUUCCCAUGACAUUUGAGUGUUGCAGCUGUUACCUAUUCAGGGAAAAACAAAGUUGGAAAUAUUGUUUUUCAAAUCCUGCAAAUUGUGGGUGAUGCCUACUUUAAUAAAGUUCUAUACAGAUGUC